AUGAUGAACGAGGUCGACGGGGCUCCGAAGCUGGUGGCUCUAAAGGAUGUCCUGCCGCCGCAUCCGGCGAGCUUGAAUCGGCGGCGGUACGUUAAAGUGAAAGAACCCAUCUUCAGGAAUGGCGCCAGGGUCUACUGGAAAGAAGAAGUGUCUCAAGAACAAGAACGGCGUGCUGCCGGCGAUGACCAAGACUAUGCAGCGGUGGCGUGUCUCAGCGUUCUCUCCUUCAUUCUUUCCAUCGCUGGGGUUCUUUAG